UAUUUUGCUCUCUACAUUUCAAGAAAACCGAUUAUAUAUUAUCAGCUUAUCCAAUAAUUGGAAAUGCAAAAUUAUUUUUGGGAUCUCAUCAAGAAGUUACACAUAAUUUAUUGAAUAUUGCCGAAGAGUAUCAGAAUAUGGUCCGAGUAUGGAUUGGCCCUGUUCCCUUAAUUGGAUUUUCAAAUCUAGAUAUUGUUCAGAAAAUAUUAACAAAUGAACAUGUUUUAGAAAAAGCUUACUUAUUGAAAUUAGUUUGGAACCCCAUAAUGGGAAAAUCAGUUUUCACUUCAGAAGUUCCAGAAUGGAGAAAUCAUCGAAGUAUUGUAAUUAGAGGUUUUAGUCCAAUCAUUUUAAAAUCAUACUUAAAAAUAUUUAUGGAAAAAAUUAAUAUUUUAAUUCAAAAAUUAGAUUUGGAAUUAAAUAAUGAAACACCGUUUGAUAUAUAUACAUACUUGUCAAGAACUACUUUAGAUUCAGUUUGUGGGUCAACAAUGGGUGUAAAUAUAAACUCACAUGAAGAUGAUGGAUCAUCUUCUUAUUUCCAUGCUAUUAACAGUGUGACGUUUUUUAUAUUAGCUCGAUUUUUGAAUCCAAUCAAAUAUCCAACUAUAUUUUAUCGAUUCACACAAGAUUAUAAAAUGGUAUCAAAAAGUCGUGAUGUUACCCAAGAAUUUACUGAAAAAAUUAUUUCUGAAAAAAGAAAAAGUAUGGCAACCGUUAUCAAUAAUAAAGAAUUAAUGGACAUUAAAGCGAUUAACAGUAAUUUAUAUAAAAAACCAUUUUUGGAAUAUUUAAUGGAUUUUACAAAAAAUAACUCAAGUUUUACGGAAGAACAAUUACAUAAUCACACUAAUCUUCUCAUUUUUGCGGGUUUUGAAACAACAGCAAUUACUCUCAGCUUUGUUUUAUUACACUUGGCGGCAUAUAAAGACAUACAAACAAAACUAUAUAAUGAAAUAAUAGAAGUUCUUGGUGACAAAAAUGUAGACUCAAUCAAUGUCGACGAUUUACCAAAGUUCAAAUAUAUGGAGAUGGUUAUUAAGGAGUCAAUGAGAUUAACUCCAACGGUUCCACUAAUUCCAAGAGAAGCAUCUCAAGAUAUUAAAAUUGACAAUUAUACAAUUCCAAAAGGAGUAAAUAUACUAAUUCCAGUAAUAAAUAUCCAUCGAAAUCCAGAAUAUUGGGAAAAUCCAUUAAAAUUUGAUCCAGAAAGAUUCACACCAGAAAAUAUAAAAAAUCAUCACCCUUACGCUUACCUUCCAUUCGGUGCUGGCCCAAGAAAUUGUUUUGGUAGGAGAUAUGCAUGGAUCUUUAUGAAAACAGCAUUGGUUGCAUUAUUAAGUCGAUAUGAAUUUCACACCGAUUUAAACUUGGACAAAUUACGGUUUGAAAUAGGAAUGGCAUUGAAAUUAAUAAAUGGUCACCAGGUGAAAAUCACUCCACGAUAUAAAUCAUAA